AUGGACAGUAAAGUCAGCGACGGAACUUUCCUUCACAUUAGCCCUCCGGCAAGUAAGAAGUUCUGCAGCUCCUCACAGGGCAUCAAUGGAAACUUGCUGGACGAGAAAUUACUGCGUGUUUUCCAUGGACACUCACUCUCAAAGUUCGACGAAGAGGAUGAUUCAGGAAUUAAAUCAGAAGCAGAGGACAGCAACGAGACUCCAUCCUCCGAGGAGGAGCAGGAGCUUCUGGAAUAUUCCCAGGACCAUCCCUUCAAGCAAAGCUCUGCCAGGAGGAGCAUCACGCAGGUCAUUAAGGACAAGAAGAAACAGACACAGCUCACCCUGCAAUGGCUGGAGGAAAACUACAUUGUGUGUGAGGGUGUGUGUCUGCCUCGCUGCAUCCUGUACGCCCACUACCUCGACUUCUGCAGGAAGGAGAAGCUGGAGCCAGCCUGCGCUGCCACCUUCGGCAAGACGAUCCGCCAGAAGUUUCCUCUCCUCACCACCAGGCGACUAGGCACCAGAGGUCACUCAAAGUAUCACUACUAUGGUAUUGGGAUCAAGGAGAGCAGUGCCUACUACCACUCUGUUUACUCAGGAAAGGGCUUGACGAGAUUUUCAGGCAGCAAGCUCAAGAAUGAGGGAGGGUUUACCAGGAAAUAUUCCCUCAGUUCUAAAACUGGAACGUUGCUCCCAGACUUCCCCAGUGCACAGCACCUGGUUCUCCAAGGUUCCAUCUCCAAAGACAAGGUCGACACCCUGAUCAUGAUGUACAAAACACACUGUCAGUGCAUUCUGGACAACGCCAUCAAUGUCAACUUUGAGGAGAUCCAGAACUUUCUCCUCCACUUCUGGCAGGGCAUGCCAGACCACCUCCUCCCGCUGCUGGAGAACCCUGUGAUAGUGGACAUCUUCUGUGUGUGUGAUUCCAUCCUCUAUAAGGUGCUCACUGAUGUUCUGAUCCCUGCUACCAUGCAGGAGAUGCCUGAGAGUCUCCUAGCAGACAUCCGUAACUUCGCCAAGCACUGGGAACACUGGGUGAUGACAUCUUUAGAGAACCUUCCAGAAGACCUUGCAGCAAAGAAGCUCCCUAUUGCACGGCGUUUUGUCUCCUCGCUAAAACGACAGACCUCUUUCCUGCAUCUGGCACAGAUUGCCCGCCCGGCUCUGUUUGACCAGAAUGUGGUGACCUCCAUGGUUGUGGACAUCGACAAGGUGGACCUGAACAGUAUUGGCUCGCAGGCCCUCCUCACUGUCACCCCGGGAGACCAAGAUCAAGACCUGUACUCUGAAUAUGACUCCAUAGCCGUGUUCCAGGAGCUGAAGGACCUUCUGAAGAAGAAUGCCACAGUGGAGUCGUUUAUCGAGUGGCUUGACUCGGUGGUGGAGCAGAAGGUCAUCAAGCCGGGGAAACAGAGUGGGCGGUCUGUGAAGAGGAGAGCGCAGGACUUCCUGCUGAAAUGGAGCUUCUUCGGCGCGAGGGUCAUGCACAACUUGACACUUAACAACGCGUCCAGCUUCGGCUCCUUCCACCUCAUCCGGAUGCUGCUGGAUGAGUACAUCCUGCUGGCCAUAGAGACCCAGUUCAACAACGACAAGGAGCAGGACCUGCAGAAUCUCCUGGAGAAGUACAUGAGGAACGCAGAUGCCAGUAAAGCCGCAUUCACAGCCUCCCCUAGUUCCUGCUUUUUGGCCAAUCGGAACAAAGCUGUGACCAGUGACCCAUCCGUGAAGAACGAGUCUCUGCCAGAGCAUGCCUACAUGAGCCUUACAGCCAACCAGCAGCAGGGACUGGCCAGCAUGGUGGUGUACCAGGGGGCGGAGUCAGACGGCUUCUCUCUCGCAGGAGGACAGAUGGACUUCUCCCAGACCAGCGGCCCUCUAAUGACACCUCCCAUCUCACCAGCGCUGGUCCACCGGGGCAGUGUCAUCAACCAGGGCCCCAUGGCCACCAGAGCCCCUACCUCCUGCCCCCCCACCUCCUCCUGCUCCUCCUCCGCCUCCCUCCAGGCCCCCCUUCCCUCCUGCCAAGCCUACCUAGACUCCCAGUACCAGAGCCCGGGCCCUGGAAGCCCCGGCUACUUCCCCCCAUCCACCUCCAGCUACCAGGCAGGGUUCAGACCCCACCCUCACACCCAGACCCAGACUUACCUCAGCCAGCCCCGCUACCCCUCCUACAGCGACCAGGCCCUGGGGAAGGAGUACUUCAAUAGCAGCUGCUCCGUGUCGUCCUACGACUCUCCCCGGCCCGUCCAGGGAUACAAUACCGGGUCUGGGCUGGCAGACCCAGGCAUGGAUGCUGGGGGGGUCCAGCUGCUGGAGGUGGAGGGGUACAACUUUGUAGGGGCAGGGAUGAAUGGUGUGGGGUGUCAGGGACAGUACUCUGGGUCUGGACACUCUGGUUACUACGGCGGCGGUUACCUUGACAGCCAGCGGCUGGUGGAGCAGCACGUGUCUGUGAUCAGCAGCGUGAGCAGCCUCCGCCCCCUGCCGCCCUACGGCCAGCUGCACGACCCGCUCAGCCUCCUGGCCCCGCAGGGACGGAGGACGGCCACACAGUACUACCCCGAGGCCGACCCCAUGGGGGGGCACCCACACGCCCCGCCCCUCUCGACGUCAAACUCCACCCCUUGCAUAUAUGGAGGCCCCGCCCAGUUCCACUCCCAGGAUGCACUGCUUCCCCAUCGCAUGACGUCCGAGGUAGGGGGCAUGUCCUCACUGCCUCCCAUCAACACAGUGUUCCUGGGGGCCGGGGGAGGAGGGGCCGGGGGUGGGCAGGGGUGA